AGCUUUUGUUACUAUGCCUGAACCAGCGAAAUCCGCUCCCGCCCCGAAGAAGGGCUCCAAGAAGGCCGUGACCAAGGCCCAGAAGAAGGACGGCAAGAAGCGCAAGCGCAGCCGCAAGGAGAGCUACUCGGUGUACGUGUACAAGGUGUUGAAGCAGGUCCACCCCGACACCGGCAUCUCCUCCAAGGCCAUGGGCAUCAUGAACUCGUUCGUCAACGACAUCUUCGAGCGCAUCGCGGGCGAGGCGUCGCGCCUGGCGCAUUACAACAAGCGCUCGACCAUCACGUCCCGGGAGAUCCAGACGGCCGUGCGCCUGCUGCUGCCCGGGGAGCUGGCCAAGCACGCCGUGUCCGAGGGCACCAAGGCCGUCACCAAGUACACCAGCUCCAAGUGAGCGCGCCUGUCUCGCUCUUAACCCAAAGGCUCUUUUCAGAGCCAC